CUGCAAGUCAAUUCAAUAGUACAACAUUCGACAGCGGAACAGUUCGUAAGAAGCCAAUACCACGUCCGCACGUCGGACCCAAGUGAUUUUGUGAAUUAACGACGAGUGGCAUUAAUUUUAAUAUUAUAGUCUAUUUUGUGUAAAGCUAGAAAAAUCAAUAUGUCUGACUCAGAAGAGAGCGUGUAUUCAGAAAAUGGAAGCCCGCGUCGUGCAGGUAGUGAAAGUGACAAUAGAUCUGUUGCAUCAAGAAGUCCUGCCGGAAGCCCAACUAGAUCUGCAUCUAGAUCACGAUCACGCAGUGGCUCCAGAAGUAGAAGUCUUUCAAGAUCUCGAAGUCGUUCAAAAUUCAGAUCCAGAUCUAGAUCAAGGUCUCGCUCAGCUUCCGGAGAUGAAGAAGGCGAAGGUGAGGUACUUGAUGAAGAUAUAGAUGAAUAUGAUGAAGAAGAGGAAGAAGAUAAUGAAGGACCAAGAAAGAAAAAAAGAAAGAAGGGUCAGGUUUAUGAUUUCAUUAUUCAAGAAGCUGAAGUUGAUGACGAACCUGAAGAUGAUGAAGAAUGGGAAGAUGGAGCACAAGAAAUUGGUAUUGUACCAAAUGAAAUUGAUGAACUGGGACCUACUGCUAGAGAAAUUGAAGGAAGAAGAAGAGGCACAAACUUGUGGGACUCUCAAAAAGAAGAUGAGAUUGAAGAAUAUCUCAGAAACAAAUAUGCAAAUGAAUCUGCAGCAGCACAUCGCUUUGGUGAUGGCGGUGAGGAAAUGAGUGAUGAAAUCACUCAGCAAACUUUAUUGCCAGGAGUUAAAGAUCCUAAUUUAUGGAUGGUGAAAUGUCGUAUUGGAGAAGAAAGAGCAACAGCUCUGCUUCUGAUGAGAAAAUUUUUAACUUAUCAGUUUACAAGUGAACCUAUUCAAAUUAAGUCUGUAGUGGCACCAGAUGGUGUAAAAGGAUAUGUUUACAUAGAAGCUUACAAACAACCUCACGUAAAAGCUGCCAUAGAAAAUGUUGGAAAUUUACGAAUGGGGCAAUGGAAACAGCAAAUGGUUCCAAUAAAAGAAAUGACUGAUGUUUUACGUGUUAUAAAAGAGCAAACUGGACUUAAAGCAAAACAGUGGGUUAGGCUUAAGAGAGGCAUUUACAAAGACGACAUUGCCCAAAUUGAUUAUGUGGAUUUGUCUCAAAAUCAAGUACAUCUUAAAUUACUACCGAGAAUUGAUUACACCAGACCCAGAGGUGCUCUAAGAACAGCUCAAAGUGAAAGUGAAGCAAUGAAAAGGAAAAAGAAAAGAAGACCUGCUGCGAAACCAUUUGAUCCAGAAGCUAUCCGAUCUAUCGGUGGUGAAGUUACAAGUGACGGUGAUUUUUUAAUUUUCGAAGGGAGCCGAUACAGUCGCAAGGGAUUUUUGUACAAAAAUUUUACAAUGAGUGCAGUGCUCACAGAAGGUAUAAAACCCACUCUAUCAGAACUUGAAAAGUUUGAAGAAACCCCUGAGGGUGUCGACUUAGAACUCAGUGGAGCUCCAGUUACUGGUGUAUCAUCUGGUAAAGAUGAAGGUGCAGGAGCAUCAGGUCACAGUUUCAGCGCCGGUGAUAACGUCGAAGUUAAGGAGGGUGAAUUGAUGAAUUUACAAGGUAAAGUCGUAUCCGUCGAUGGAAACAUGAUCACGGUCAUGCCGAAGCAUGAGGAGCUCACGGAAGCCUUGAUGUUCACCGCCAAUGAAUUGAAAAAAUACUUCACCAUGGGCGAUCACGUUAAAGUUGUAGCAGGUCGAUACGAAGGAGACACCGGUUUAGUUCUACGCGUUGAACCAAAUCGAGUCGUGCUAUUUUCCGAUUUGUCCAUGCACGAGCUCGAGGUCUUACCCAGAGAUCUUCAGCUGUGCUCCGACAUGGCCACCGGCGUGGACAGUUUAGGUCAAUUCCAGUGGGGCGAUCUCGUACAACUAGAUCCACAAACCGUCGGCGUGAUCGUACGCUUGGAGCGCGAAAACUUUCACAUCUUGUCGAUGCACGGAAAAGUCGUCGAAGCCAGACCGCAAGGUCUUACCAAGAGAAAGGAGAACCGAAAUACGGUUGCGUUGGAUUCGCAACAAAACAGCAUCCACAAGAAAGACAUCGUCAAAGUGGUCGACGGACCCCAUUCCGGGAGAGGCGGCGAAAUCAAGCAUCUGUACAGAAGUUUCGCGUUCCUGCACUCAAGAAUGUUCAUCGAUAACGGUGGUAUAUUUGUAUGUAAAACCCGGCAUCUGCAACUAGCCGGCGGAGGCAAACCGAACAAUGCCGUUUCCUCGGCGCCGGUCAACUCUGGCUUCAUGUCACCCAGAAUCACGUCGCCCAUGCAUCCUGCAGCUGGCGGCGGUGGAUCGACUCCCGGCGCGCGCGGUAGAGGCGGCGGCGGCAGAGGCGGACGGGGUCGUGGCGGACACAUCGGUGCUCGUCGCGAUCGCGACCUCAUCGGUUCGACCAUCAAGAUCACGGGUGGCCCCUACAAAGGCAACGUCGGCAUCGUCAAGGAUGCCACAGAGUCGACAGCUCGAGUCGAGCUUCACUCGACUUGCCAGACGAUCUCUGUCGAUCGUUCGCAUAUUGCCAAUGUUGGAGUACCCACGAAGGAGGGCGGCUUCAGCAGCUACAGCCGUACCCCGUCCUACGGUGCAGGUGGACAAACGCCAAUGUACUCCGGGGGCAACAAAACUCCCAUGCACGGAGGAGCCACCCCUAUGUACGAGACUGGCUCGCGUACACCUCAUUACGGCUCGAUGACGCCCUCGCACGACGACGGAUCACGCACCCCCGGUCGUACCGGCGCCUGGGAUCCGACCGUCACCAACACCCCGGCUCGCGGCGAGAACUUCGACAACUACAGCAUGGAUGAUGGUGGAGCGUCACCGGGCUACGUUCCCAACUAUCCGCAGUCAGGACCUUUCACACCCCAGACACCUGGAACCAUGUACGGCAGUGAGCAAAGCUUCGGACCCUAUCAAACUAGCCCUAGUCCUGCUGCUAGCGCCAAUCCUAGCCCGAGCCCGGCAGCUUACGGCACCAGCACACCGUCACCGGCUGGAACAGGCUACACCCCCACCGGAGCGCAGUCUUAUACUUCUGCCUCGCCGAUGAGCUUCAGUCCAAUGACACCUGGUGGAGCGGCUAGCCCGUACAAUCCGCAAACGCCCGGAUCCAGCAUGGGCGACUCGAAUCAGGCCUUUGUCUCCUACACUUCUGAUUGGCCGUCGGUCGAUCUCGAGGUCCGCGUGCGCGACGACUACUCUGACGAAGGAUUGGCCGGACAACAGGGAUACAUCACUACUAUAACGGACGCUAUGGUGACCAUGUAUUUACCCUUCAAAGACAAAUCCGUUAAUAUGUAUUACGAUGCAAUCGAGCCUGUUGUUCCGUCGCAAAAUGAUCGUGUCCGAGUGAUUUUGGGCGAGGAUCGCGACUCGACGGGUACGCUUUUGUCCAUUGAUAAUCAAGAAGGUGUAUUCAAAUCUUCCAGCGGAGAAGUUAAAAUGUUGAAUCUUAGAUUCUUGUGUAAAUUACGUUCUAAGUAAGUGUAAGACGUUCAUUGUAAAUUACGCGUUGUAUUUUUAACAUAUAUUUUUAACUGGCCCAUAAAAUGUGUAUUCCAAUUAAAAAUGCGCAUUAUUCAGGUUGAA